UUCUUUGGUGGUUUGCGGAUCACACCGGAGUUAACGUCAACACAGCCAUUUUCUUGCAGAUAAAAACAACACAUUUAGCUAGCUUUUGGUUACAUCUGGUAAUAAAUAGGAUUUUAUUCUAAAAUUACAAACGGCUAUAUUGUGGUCUUUUGGUGUGGUUAUCCUCGCUUUAGCUAACGUUAGCCGCGGUAGCCUGGCGCGCGUCGUGGACGAAGGUUGACAAAAUGUCAAGACCACGGUCCCGAUCACCACGUUACAGGAGGUUCCCAUGGGAGGAACCCGACUUCGAUCCAUACAAAGUCCUUGCAGAACUUGACGGGAAUCCGUUGGAGAGGAGACACCGCUCCAGAGAAGCUCCUGAAGAACACUGGGACUACUUCAGGGAAGACAUGUACCCAGAAGACCAGAGGAGAUCCCCUCCUUUUCCAGAUGACCGUCAGUCUGGGCAUCAACGUCAUCCAAACCAGGAGGAGUUUUACCGCAGGAGGCCAUCACCAAAUCAUGAUGUGAUUGGAUAUGAUGACCGGAGGCUUUCCCCACGGCGUGAUGGAGGAGGAGACGGAGAUAGACGCAGAGGAGGGUUUAGACAACACUUCCAGAGUUUUGAAAUCAGGGGGAGGUCGCCCCACUCACCUCCGAGGCUGAUGAGGGAAAGAUUGCCGGGGACACCGAGGUCUCGCUCAGAUUCUCAACAGAGAGAGCCGGGGACGGGCUGGAGGAGAGAGGAGCAGGGCAGAGGUCGAGGGAGGUUCAGAGACCUCAGUCCCAGUGCGAGGUCAGAUGACCAAAGAGGGGGAGCAGGUAGGGAAAGAGGAAGGAGGAACAUACAGGGUCCCAAUAGAGACAGACAAAGGGAGGAUUCACAUCAACAGAGGAACCCCCUCGUCAAAAGGCAAAGAAGAGAAAUGGAUGACGCCAGUCACCUUGGGUACAGAAAUGAGGAGGACUUAUGGCAACAGCGUUACUCAAUGGACACACCCAGAGAUGGGUUUGGAGGAGACACUCAGGGGAGCCUCCCCCAUGGAGACAUUCGGCACUCGGGACCACUCAUCAUUGAACAUGAUCAUGGCAUCACAGACAGCAGAGAACCAUCGCGGUGGGAACAAUUGGGCGACCGCGGAGAUCUUGACUCUGACUUUGAACGACAGAGGAGUCCACGUCCAAUGGGCUCCUCUCAGGAGCGUUUCAAGACGUCAAUGGGCUCCUCUCAGGAGCGUUUCAAGACGUCAAUGGGCUCCUCUCAGGAGCGUUUCAAGACGUCAAUGGGCUCCUCUCAGGAGCGUUUCAAGACGUCAAUGGGCUCCUCUCAGGAGCGUUUCAAGACGUCAGACAGCAGGUUGGAUGAUCGGGAAGAUGCAAGAGAACGCCAUUGUCAAGAUAAUUGGCGAGACUCCAACUAUCAUGAAGCAAGGAGGAGCCCUACACCACAAGAUAGACCAAAUCCCGUAAGAUAUGGUAAUCGAGAUGGUCCCGUGAACCACAGGGGGAGGGGCGGUCCUCGGCCAGCGAGAGGGCAGGCCAGUCGCAGCCAAGGUGGAAGAACUGGACCGCCUAGGAAUCAACUGCGCUUACAGCAGUCCUCCCAGGGAUACCAAGAUCUUCCUCAUGAAGAGCAAAGGCCGGGGUACCGACCCUUCAGGGAAGAUAGUUACGAGAAUCCCAUCGAAGGGGAGCCUGACUGGGCAGAAAAAGACAGACUUCAACAGUGGAAACGUGACAGGCCUGGAAGUCUGGACCGACACCUACCGAGGGUUGACUUGGACCCUAAAAUGCCCCGUCAGAGGGUGCGCGGAUGGAACGAUCAGAAAAACAAUAACAUGACCGUUGUAACGGAGGAAACGCUAACCAUCAAAGUGGACAUGAGCCGCCCCGUAAACCAAAACAGCUCGCUGUGCUACUCCUCAGACAGGCAGCUCUCUUUAGACCUGGUCAACGUGGGUCGCCAGCGUCUGGACUUCCUGCCCAUGCUGGAGCACUCUGGGACGUACCGGGAGACCGCCGUGCACACUGGGACUUUUGCCCAGGAAAUCAUCACACUGGUGCACCAUGUCAAAGAGCAGUAUUUCAGAGAUGAUGGGGUCACCCUGAAUGAGCGUUUCUCAGCUCCCCAAAAAGGCGGCUGUUCUGACGACGAGAUGGAGGAGCUAACGUUGGAUGAGAGGUUCAGUUCAACCCGAGGUUUCAGCUUAAAUAUGAACUCGCUGCUUGAUGACGACGAGCCUCUGUUCUCCAGACUGGCACCCUUGCAGCCGGUGCGAGGCCCGGGGGACCUGAGGCACGACCUGGAGAGGAGGAGACAGGAGAGGCUGGAGGGGGUUAAAGUCACAAUAUCAGGGAACAUUAUGUCACAGCGCCCCCUUGGCUCAGUCAGCCCACCGGAUAUAGAGUACAGUGACAAGGACGAACUGGCUCAGAUGGAGGACGAAGAAUUCUCCAACUGGCCAGAGCAGCAAAGCAGGAGGCGAGAAGGCAACAUGGGACCAAGGAGAGAAGCUUCCUACAGGCCGAACACCGGCGCCCAACGCAGGAGCAAUCGCUUCGGCAACCGGCUUGGACCAAUGAAGCGACAGAACAUCCACAACAACCCUGCAGGUCCUAACUGGUGAUCGGACACUGGAAAGGUAUUCUGUUUGGAUGCUGCUGGUUUGUUGAUGACUUUUUUUUUUUAACUGCUUGUAAAAACCAGCCAAUUAAAAGCAAGUAUUCUGUCCUUGUCUCUGGACGAAUUGUGCCCGUGUUGAUUUCGAUCAACAGCACAAUGUUCUAUCAAACUGUGAGCAAGUCUCUGCUCUGUUGGUGUUUACCAGCGAGGGCGGACGUGGUUCACAUUCUGUAACUUACAUCCACUCCUGUUUUUGUCCUUCCAUCUUUGUGAAUUUGUGUCUUUCUGCUAUUAAUGUCUAUAAUUUCACACUUUCUCUUGGUCUCAUGUAGAUGUAGUGUAGUCUUGAUUUAAAACAACAUUUUAAAUUUUUUAAAAUAAAACUGUUGCCGGACAAUGUUGGUUUGAACGUCUACAGCUGCAUCGUUGGAGAUCUCGCCGAAGCAGAGAUGUUUAAGUUAUUAAAAUUCGCUACGCUCGUGUGAAGUUACGGGACUUUAAAUGGUCGUGAUUGUACAAUCAUACAUUCUGUUGUUAAAGAACAUAGAUGUUAUGUUAUCCAGAUUCCUGCUGUUUCAGUUUUAUCAAGUCUGUACAGUUCAUUAUUACGUUAACCUGGCCUUCCUACUGGCAACACGUGACAGUGUUUCUGAACAAAUAAAAUAUGUCUUUUUGAA